GGCUGAGAUCAGACCCCUACUGCCACCUGGUAGUGGCACAUCUGAAUGAGCAGGAUACCUGGGGCUCCUGAAUGUUUAUGCUUCUAGGCAUUAUUGCCACGGUAUUGGCUACUUCUCCUUUCCGUGACUGCAGACCUCACAGGAACAACUCACGGGAGGAUGGACUGACUUUGGCCCCUGGUUUGAGAGGCUGCAAUCCAUCAUGGGGAAGGCAAGGAGCUGCUGCUCAAUGACAGGCGUGUAAGAAUCGCAAGUGAUGGUGCGCACAGAGGACGAGCGGAGCCCUGCACGACUGGUUAGCACAGCAGAGCCGGUAGCUGUGCUUGCUGGUGGGUGGGCGUGAACCCCAGGACCCCAGUGUCACGCUCCAAGAGGAAUCAUGUCUAAAAAGGGACGCAGCAAGGGUGAGAAGCCCGAGACGGAGACGGACUCUGUGCAGAUGGCCAACGAAGAGCUACGGGCCAAGCUAACCAACAUCCAGAUAGAGUUCCAGCAGGAGAAGAGCAAGGUGGGCAAGCUGCGGGAGCGUCUGCAGGAGGCCAAACUGGAGCGCGAGCAGGAGCAGCGGCGCCACACAGCCUACAUCUCGGAGCUCAAGGCCAAACUUCACGAGGAAAAAACGAAGGAGCUGCAGGCGCUGCGUGAGGCGCUCAUCCGGCAGCACGAGCAGGAGGCAGCUCGGACAGCCAAGAUCAAGGAAGGCGAGCUGCAGCGGCUGCAGGCCACGCUGAACGUGCUGCGCGAUGGCGCCGCAGACAAAGUCAAGACCGCACUGCUGGCCGAGGCGCGCGAGGAGGCGCGCAGGACCUUUGAUGGCGAGCGCCAGCGGCUGCAACAGGAGAUCCUGGAGCUGAAGGCGGCUCGCAAACAGGCGGAGGAGGCACUUAGCAACUGCAUGCAAGCCGACAAGGCCAAGGCCGCUGACCUGCGCGCUGCCUACCAGGCACACCAGGAUGAGGUGCACCGCAUCAAGCGGGAGUGCGAACGUGACAUCCGCAGACUGAUGGACGAGAUCAAAGGGAAGGAGCGAGUGAUCCUGGCCCUGGAGAAGGAGCUUGGCGUUCAGGCCGGGCAGACCCAGAGGCUGCUACUUCAGAAGGAGGCUCUGGAUGAGCAGCUGGUCCAGGUCAAGGAGGCUGAGCGCCACCACAGUAGCCCGAAGCGGGAGCUCCCUCCUGGCAUUGGUGACAUGGCAGAGCUCAUGGGUGGGCAGGAUCAACAUAUGGAUGAGCGAGAUGUGAGGCGAUUUCAACUAAAAAUUGCUGAACUGAAUUCAGUGAUUCGGAAGCUGGAAGACAGAAACACCCUGCUGGCAGAUGAGCGGAAUGAACUGCUGAAGCGCUCUCGGGAGACCGAGGUGCAGCUGAAGCCGCUGGUGGAGAAGAACAAGCGAAUGAACAAGAAGAACGAGGACCUGCUGCACAGCAUCCAGAGGAUGGAGGAGAAACUCAAGAGCCUUACGAGGGAGAACGUGGAGAUGAAAGAAAAGCUGUCUGCUCAGGCCUCACUAAAGCGACACACAUCCCUGAAUGACCUCAGUCUGACCAGGGAUGAGCAGGAGAUUGAGUUCCUGAGGCUGCAGGUGCUGGAGCAGCAGCAUGUCAUCGAUGACCUCUCACUGGAAAGAGAACGCCUGCUGCGCUCCAAGAGGCAUCGAGGGAAGAGCCUGAAGCCCCCCAAGAAGCAUGUUGUGGAGACAUUUUUUGGAUUUGACGAGGAGUCCGUGGACUCAGAAACGCUGUCCGAGACAUCCUACAACACUGACAGGACGGACCGAACCCCGGCCACACCUGAGGAGGACUUAGAUGAGACCACAACCAGAGAAGAGGCUGACCUGAGGUUCUGCCAGCUGACCAGGGAAUACCAGGCCCUGCAGAGGGCUUAUGCCCUGCUUCAGGAGCAAGUGGGGGGGACGCUGGAUGCUGAGAGGGAGGCCCGGACUCGGGAGCAGCUUCAGGCUGACCUGCUGAGGUGCCAGGCCAAAAUCGAGGACUUGGAGAAGCUGCUGGUUGAGAAGGGACAGGACUCUGCCUGGGUAGAGGAGAAGCAGGUACUCAUGAGGACAAACCAGGACCUGCUGGAGAAGAUUUACAGGCUGGAGAUGGAGGAGAACCAGCUAAAGAGCGAAAUACAAGACGCCAAGGACCAGAACGAGCUGUUAGAAUUCCGAGUGCUAGAGCUCGAAGAGAGAGAGCGGAGGUCGCCAGCCUUUAACCUCCAAAUCACCACCUUCCCCGAGAACAACAGCAGCGCACUCCAGCUGUUCUGUCACCAGGAAGGAGUAAAGGGUGUGAAUAUCUCUGAACUUAUGAAGAACUUAGAUAUCCUUGGCGAUAACGGGAAUUUGAGGAAUGAAGAGCAGGUUGCAGUAAUCCAAGCGGGAACUGUGCUUGCCCUGUGUGAAAAGUGGCUGAAGCAGAUAGAGGGAACAGAGGCAGCCCUCACCCAGAAGAUGAUGGACUUGGAGAAGGAGAAGGACUUGUUCAGCAGGCAGAAGGGCUACCUGGAGCAGGAACUGGACUACAGGAAGGAAGCUCUCGACCAGGCCUACCUGGUAGGACCAGAAAAAAUCCAGGACCUGGAGGCCACCUUGUACAAUGCGCUGCAGCAGGAACCCGGGAGAAGAGCCAGCGAGGCACUGAGUGCCAGCCAGCGCGAGGACCUGCAGGCAGCUGUAGAGAAGGUGCGCAGACAGCUCCUGCAUCAGAGCCGGGAGUUCGACAGCCAGAUCCUGCGGGAGCGAAUGGAGCUGCUCCAGCAGGCCCAGCAGAAAAUCCGGGAGAUGGAGAGCAAGUUGGAACUGCAGAGGCGCCAGCUGAAGGAGCUGGAGGAAAAGCAUUCAUUCUGUGGCCUUGAUGACUCCCAUGCGCCGAGAACUCGGGCUAGACAAAGAGCUUUCGGAAUCACUUGAGUCCCUGUGGUGCCCCAUCCUCACUCAGACCAAAAUCCAACAGUGCAACAAGUUAUUCGAAGUCCGGAGCCUGAACCCAGAACUUAUGCACAUUUGACAGUCACUUAAAGGGGAGGUCCGGGGACCUGGCCGACCUCUGCUGUGGAACUCUGUGGGACAAUGGGGAAGCCUCCCCAGUGUCUCCACUGUGGCAUCUUCGGGAGCCAAGGACAAAGGAUCUGGAUGGCAAGAAUCUAAGUGCAAUUAGCGGAAACCCAGGGCAUGAGAGCUGCUGCCUCGGGGGAUAGGUGCAGGCCUGUCCCCAUGCUGUGUGCCUCCCUGAAGGUGCUAUAUGUGCCUAGAUGGUUACAGACACCCCCUCUGCCCUAUGUACAUAAACCUCCAUGGACUGAGUGUGCUCUUCUGGAGUCUGUCUGCCAGCGCAACCAACCAAACCUCUGGCUCUGUGCACAGCUGAACUUGUAGCUGGAGGCCAGCAAGAGAGAGCCCUGUGGAUUGUAGAUUUCUGAGGAAAACUGAAGGCUCCAACACUCUUUUAGGUGUGAUACCGCAGAAGUCCCAGAGCAUGGCCCUGCCUCAGAAUGGGGAGGGGGUGAGGAUUGAGAGAGCAGGCCCAAGCUGCCUGUUACAGUUUGUAGGGGUAGCCUAAAAAGGAUCUCAGGCUGUUAGGGCAGAGCCCAGAGUCUCUGAGCUCAGCGGUCUGAGGCCAGGGGUACCCUUCUACUAUAGAGAAAAUACCAUAGAGCUGAGGCCAGAGGUACCCUUCUACCAUGAGCCUUCACUGCCCAGGAUCCUUAGUAGAGAGUAGUCAUCUCUUCAGGUGUUGGAGCCUCCCCAGAGCACAGUGGGUAAGAUGGGGGUGGCACACCCUGGGUUCACUGGAAACUAAGUGCUGGAGGUUGACUUCCAGAGGAAAUUACCUGAGAAGUAACUUUAAGAUGCGCCUGUCAAUCUAGGGCAGGUGGGAUGGGUCACCUCCAAAAGGUAUCUGCCCAUGGCUAUACUCUCCCAAACUUGGGGCACAGAGAAUGUUAGCCGUCAGACUGGCAGAGUGGAAGACAGGCACGGUGGUGAGUCUGUGUGGGGAGCCUGCCAUGAGUUUAGACUUGGCAGGGUGGCAGCGGGCUGUGUUGGACCAAGUAGGUGGCACCAUGAUUUCCUGGAAGCAGACAGAAAUGAUUGGAGUUCAGAUCAGGCCCAUCAAGGGGACUAUGGAGCAGGGGCCUGACCUUGUAGGGAAGCCAUAUCCAAAGACAGAGAAGCAAGGACCGUGCUGUGUGUAGAAGGGAGCUGUCCAGACAGAAGGUCGUUCCAGCAGACGUGAAGUCUGAAGCUGGAAGCUGGAACCAGGACGGCUCAGAAGUGUUGAUUCUUUGCUGAAAUCCGAAUCCCCAAACACCUACGACCCACAAGCCCCAUCUCUGGGACUUACUCAGUGGCUUAAUUAAACUCCAGGGAACCCAUCUCUGACAACAGAGAUACCCGAGUCAUUGAGUGGCAGGAACGUGGGUACCAGUCAGGAAAAUGGAGAGCGUUCCUGCUUUCCCUGGUAGAGAUGUGGGGUGCACUGUAGUCAGGCCUUCUGGGGCAUCCCAGAGAGUCAUGGAGAAGUUGGCCUCUGUGUCCCUGCGAAUAUCUGUCUAGCAUCCCCACUGGCUGUGUUGGAGUGUUGUCCUUAUACCUCCUGUCCAUACUUACUGUGAGGGAGAGGGCAGCCUUCUUGUCUGCUUGGCUUUUCCACUCAGCACCUUAUGUGACAGUGGCCUUAACUCUGCAGUCAGACCCAUCUGGGCACCCCCAGCUCAGCCAUGUCCCUGCUGCAGACAAAUCGCGUUCUUGUGACUCUGAGGGACACAUCUUACAGAUCC